AUUUUUUAAAAGCUAUUUUUUGAUUUUAGGGUUAUGUGAAAUAGCGAUGGGUGGAGAAAAUAUUGCUCAUCAGUUACAACCAUCUCAAUAUGAAUGUUAUCCUGGAGUAGAAGAAAGUGAUGAAGAGGAUGAAAUGGAUGUUAUGUCCCAAUCAUAUGAUUUGCAUCCAGAUUUAGAUUUUGGACGUCCUCGUAGAUAUCGCUCUAAUACAGCUGUGCGCCUGCAGAAGAUGGAUGAGGAGAGGAGAGUGGCUGCCAAUGUGCGUCAUGUGCGCUGGGAAAAAUGUCCAAUUACACUCACUGCUGAAGAAAGGGCAGAAUUAUUUCAGAAAAAGGAUUUCCGCUCAAGUAACAAAACAAAAGCUAGACCACAAUCAUUAUUAAGUGAAUUGCUUAGAAGUCAACCUGGACCACCGGCAAAUCCUUUCAGAGAGUAUGCCAAAUUUAAUGGUGAAUCUCAGCGGGGGGGUCCCAGUGUUCGAUGCUUUAAAAUCUGGUUGACAGUGCUAAAGAGUGAUAAACGGAACUUCCCCAUGAGAGUGACUGUGAUGGCUACAGCCAAGGUAGAGGAUCUUAUUGGCCUGGUCUGCUGGAGAUGCACUGCUGAGUUCUCAAGAGAAGAACACGCGCUCAAAGACAGUGUUGAUUACUAUACUCUUCACAUAGCAGAGGAUGAUGGAGAAGUGGAUUGGGAUUUCCCCUCUCUUGAUAUCUCAGAAAGUGUAACAAAAUUUACAUUUAACUUCCUUGCACUGGUAGAACGUGAUCCCAAAAAAGAGCCUCCGGAUAGAUUUGCAACAAGACAUGUUGUUCAAGUGCCCAGCGAGCCAUCUCAGAUAAAUCGAGAGAGAGCAACAGAAAGUGAUGCGGAGAAGAAGCAAGGGGACAUAGAUGCCAGAAUACGGGCACCAAUAUAUGAAUCUUUUAAAGUGUAUACUGUAAAAUACCGCACAAAAACUGAAGUGCAUUUAGGAGUGUCUGGUGACAAGGUGGAGAUUGACCCAGUGGUGCAUCAGCAGCGAGUGAGCGCCAAGCUGUUUGGUAGACACAAGGCUUCUACCCAUGACAUGGACUCUGUUGUAGCUUGUGACCUGGUGGACACCAAAUCAAACAACAGAGCCUCUUUUAGACUUGUAUACGAUAACACUGCACUAUCAACCAGCCUGGACAGCAGUGGAAGUUCUACACCUUCUUUCAAGCACCAUGACUUUGAAGCUACUGCCGAAGUCGCAAACCUAAUUGUACAGAAAAUUAACCAUAUACUAGAACUAAAGCCCUCAACGAGGCGAAAAGAAUAUCUCACCUUAAGAGAACACAAAUCGCAUAGAAGAAAAAGUUUUCAUCUUGGACCUAGAUGAUUAGAGCUAGUCAUUAUAGGAUUGUAAGUAGUGUACUAUACCUCGCUCGUCUACGUUAAUAGUGACAAUUUAAUUUAUUUGUAUUCAAAGAUAAUAUUAUUUACUAUUUAUACAUAUGUACCAUUUUACAUUUUAUUUUAGAAUCGGAGUAAUGUUAUUGUUUUAAAAUAUACUAAGUGAAAUUAUAUUUAUUGAAAACAAAAAUAAUAUGGUUUGAUCAUUAAUAUUUAAAAAAUGAGUUCUAUAAUUUACUGAGUAAAUUAAUUGCUAUUGAAUAAAUUAUUUGGUUUGAUUUGUA